AAGAUUUUUAUUUCAUAGCAAAAUCUAAUCCAAGUAUAGAAAUGCAAAAAAAGGUUCAAAUUGUUUCAAGAGAUAUGGUGAAGAUAUCAUCUUCACCAUCGAUUAUUCAACAUCAUGAACCUCAUAAACUCUCCUUUUUCGACCAACUUACUCCUACAACUUACAUUCCAAUCAUUUAUUUUUAUCCUGUCAAAAACCUUUCACCAUCAACACUAACCUCCAAGUUAAAGAUUGCUCUUCUCAAAACUCUCAAUCUCUAUUACCCUCUCAGCGGAAGAGAAACGGGUAAUCUCUAUAUCGAUCGUUUCGACCAAGGAGUUCCGUUUCUUGAAGCCCAAGUUAGCUGUUCAUUCUCUGAUUUUCUUAAACACCAUGAGCCUGAGUCCUUAAACAAUCUACUUCCAUGCAAACCGUUCAGCAAGGAAACAGAUAAGACUAACGCGCCUCUAAUCGCAGUCCAGAUCAACUUUUUUACUUGUGGAUCAGGAAUAGCAUUGGGCUGGUGCAUGUCACAUAAGAUUUUGGACGCAGCUGCAUCUUCAAAUUUUUCUACUACGUGGGCUUCGAUUUGUCGUGGAGAUCUCCAUGAUGUUGUAGAGCCAGAUCUCGAGCAAGCGAGCUUAUAUUUUCCUUCACCAGCUACAGUUCCGGAUAAUCUUAUAUCUUUAAUGGAAAAUUUAUGGUUUGUUAAAGGGGAUUACGUUACAAGUAGAUUCGUGUUCAACGCGAAAGCUAUUGGUGCCCUUAGGGCUAAGGCGAAAGGUGAAGCUGAAGAAGAACCAUCUCGGAUUCAAACAUUGUCGUGUUUCAUUUGGAAAUGUGGUAUGGCUGCAUCAAAAUCAAUAUCAGGAACACCCAAGACAUCGAUUCUAGUCGAAACGAUGAAUCUUCGACCGAAAACAAAUCCGCCCAUGAACGAUAGUUCUAUCGGGAAUCUGUUUUGGUGGGCAGUAGCCAUGGCUAAUCCUGCUGAUACAGACAGUAUGAAGCUAAAUGAUCUGGCGAGCAUGGUAAGUGAGUCGAUUAAUUUGUAUAAAACGGAUUAUACGCAUAGUUUUCAGGGGGAAAAAGGGUUCGAAAUGAUGUCAGAUUUCUGCGAGCAGUUAAGAGAGGUUUUUACUUCGGAAGACACUGACAUUUUUGCAUUUACAAGCUGGUCUAAAUCAGCUUUCACAAGACCUAAUUUUGGAUGGGGAGAACCCUACUGGGUUGGAGUAAUGGGUAAACCUGGACAAGAAUUUAGAAACCUGACUGUGUUUGUUGAUGCAAAAGAUGGUAAAGCGAUUGAAGCAUGGAUUACAUUAGAAAAACAAAAAAUGGCGAUUUUACUACAAGAUCCUGAGUUCUUGGAAUUUGCUUCUCCAAAUCCUAGGUUUUCUAGCAUCUGAAUAUUAUUAUUUUUAUUUUUCAACAAUUAGUUCCUUGUCCUUUUAACUUUUGUGUACUUUUGUUUUUCCUCAUUUAAGUGUUUCUUUUCCA